AUGGCGACUUUGAGCCGGAGGAGGGUUGCCAAGGAACCUUUUCAGAUCCACGAGGACCAACCCGAAGACAUGGCGGAUAACCUCAAUGUCGGCUCGGACGAGAGCUACGCCCAAUCGCACUCCCAAGGGUUCCAAGAGAUCGACCGCGACCGUACCGAGGAAGAGGAGCAACAGGAAGACCAAGAAAAUCAAGAAGAGGAAGAGGAACUUGAGCAGGAGCCCGAGCAGGAAGAGGAAUGUGACUCUGAUUCUUCCGACGAGAAUGAGCCAAUCGACCUGACAGUCCAACACGAUAUGGAGAAGCUGACGCAGGCGUUUCCUGACUUCAGGAAAAACUACCGCUUGCUGAAGCGCAUUGGCGAAGGUACCUUUUCCACGGUGUACAAGGCCGAAGAUCUCCGUUAUGACCAGUAUAGCAAUAGCUGGGAUUUGGAUGCAAAGGACAGCCAUUGGGAACCACCGCCGUUGAAGCUCGCAUCCAAUGCCCGGUCCAACUCUAGAUCGUUUCCACACAAGAAACAAAGAAAGUUUGUGGCAAUCAAAAAGAUCUAUGUUACAUCUUCGCCUUCUCGUAUCCUCAACGAAAUCGAGCUGCUACAUGAUCUCCGCGAAUCAUUGUCCGUCUGUCCGCUCAUCACAGCCUUCCGUGAAUCGGACCAAGUAGUUGUCAUUUUACCCUAUUUCCGUCACCAAGAUUUCCGGAAAUACUAUUCGAAUAUGACGAUUCCUGAUAUUCGGGUAUAUUUGCGGUCUCUAUUUACGGCUCUUGCUGCCGUUCAUGAAAAAGGCAUUCUGCACAGAGACAUCAAACCGACCAACUUUUUAUACAACCCAGACAAGCAGCGCGGCGUUCUUGUCGAUUUUGGUCUUGCAGAGAGGGAGGGCACAGAUAACAAGCCUUGUCUAUGCCAUUUGGACCCGGAAUCGCGUAAGCAGCGGAUUCGGGCCGGGUAUGCGGCAAACACAUCGCAAACCGGAUCCCAACAUGGUUAUCCCAAGCACGAUACCCGACCUUCCAGGCGAGCCAACCGUGCCGGCACACGCGGGUUCCGUGCUCCUGAAGUCUUAUUCAAGUGCACGGAACAAACCACCAAGAUCGACAUUUGGUCAGCUGGUGUUGUCUUGCUCACCAUUCUCUGCAAGCGCUUUCCUUUCUUCAACAGCGCCGACGACGUUGAGGCCAUGAUUGAAAUCGCCACCAUCUUUGGGUCCAAGCGCAUGAAAAUAGCUGGUCAAUUACACGGCGCUGUUUUCGAGACUACAAUCCCCACCAUUGGAGAGAGGGGCUUCAGCUUUGAGAAAAUCAUGCUUUGGAGCACUUGUCGGAGUGAUGGCGUUAGCAAGGACUCAUUCCUGACGGAAGAGGAGAAGGGCGCGAUCAAAUUCCUGGAGCGAUGCUUGGACCUUGACCCAAGCCGACGCAUCAGUGCCGAGGAAGCUCUGCAGCACGAUUUCCUGCGGAUAGAUGAUGAUCCCGAGGGCGACCAUGAUGAGGAUGAUGUUCUAAUGGUGUAG